AUGCAAGCAUCAGCCAGGAAGAAGGACAGUGGCACAACGACUGCAGACGGCAAGGAGGAGGGCGGUGAUGGGCGUGGCGACCGAAGUGCCUCUGAGGGCGAUGAAGGGACCCAGCCAGCCUCACCACUCGAGCCGACAACCUCUGACGUGGCACUCGGGUUUUUGACGGAGGAGGAGCUGGUUGCGAUGCGGGCAGAGAAGCAGCAGCGCGACGGCGAGGGCAGUGAUGAGGAGGUGAUGGGUGUGAAACAGGAUGGAGAGGGGAAGGGUGAUGACGACCAGGGCACGAAGCGAGAGGCCGUUGGUGGCGAUAUCAGCCAGCCCACAGCUGUGGCAGACACGGUACCACCUCAGCAGCAGCCACCAGUGCCACAGCAGCAGGGGUACCCUUACUCUUACUCGUAUUCAUAUCCACCACCGCCAUUCCACCAGCCGCACCAACAGCACCAGCACCAGGUGCCAUAUCCUUUCCAGCCGUAUGCCCCGGCCCAGCAACAGCCCCCAAUGCACAUGCACCCCCAGCAACAACCCCUGCCUCCACAGCACCACCACCAGCAGCACCAGCAGCAACAGCAGCAAAAUGUGUACGGUACCCAGGCUGCCGCGACGCCGGAGCAGAUUGAGUUCGGGGCGUUCCUGCAGCAGCACUUUCCCCACCUCCUGCACCCGAGCACACCGGAGCCGCAGUUCAAGGACAUCUACUUCCGCUACUUUCUCCCGCACAAACAACAACAACAACAACAGCAGCAGCAGCAGCAGGGUGAGCAAGGACAAGGACUGGGACAGUCACCACAGGCUCAUCAAAGUGCACCACCACCACCACCACAACAACAACAGCAACAACAACAACAGCAACAGCAGCAGCAGCAGCAGCAGCAGCAGCAGGAGUUGGCGUCUUCAGCGAAGCCAGUGCAGUCCUCUUCCCAAGAUCGUGGUCAGCAGAACACCACCGCCGCCACCACCACCGCCCACGGCGAUGGGGAGGUUGAUGAGGAUGGUGAGGAGGUGCCGAUGUGGCUGCAGGUCCAGCGGUACCGCAUGUCGCCGCCGCCACCAGAGGCGUACACGGACCACGAGGCCAAGAUGCGCUACAUCCGCGGCUACCGGGACGGCCAGAGCGCCGAGGAGAGGGCGCACAGACGCAACCUGCUGCUUGAGAGCAUGCUGCACAAGCCGCUUCCAGAUGAGCUGCAGCACCUGCGGGGCCGAGAGAGGCGCCAGGCCGUUUUCUUGCAGCAUUUUUCGGAGCGCGAAGAACCGCUUCGCCAGCUUGUCAUGCUGCUUGGCGGCGAAAUGCCGGAAGAACUGCGAAAGGAACUUGAAGAGGAGCAGGAGCAGAUGCGGCGGCAGAUGCAGGAAGAGCAGCAACAGAACCAAGGCAGCGGCAACGACGAUGCUGCUGGUGCUGGCGAAGAUGGCAAGGAAGACAAGGAAGACAAGGAAGACAAGGAAGACGCCGACAAUGAGGUUGUGGGUCAAGAGACAGAGUGAGUGAUGUGUGCGUGUGCCGUUUGACGACGAGUGCGUGCUGCUGCACUGCUGCUUGUUGCGCACGACUUGCUGGUGUUUGACUUUGAACCUCAUAUUCUUAAAAUGGACCAUUUCUGUCAUUUCCGUAUCCAUAAACAAGUUACACAUGAA